AUAAACGUCCGAUGGAGUUUGAAGAAGGGGUUUGAAGGUGCAAAAUCAAGACCAGCAGAGAGACCCCGGCCGUGACUGCAUGCCAAGAUCCCGAUAGCAACCUGGGUCAAGACUCCCAACUGUUGACCAUUUUGUAGCCUACUAUAUUGUGAUUCUUUCUUGAAAAACUUUUUUUGCCGUGCGUUUAACGCAACUUUUAUGCGCAGAGCUACUCUUCUGCGCAUUGGCUACUUUUCCUAUCCAUAUCUGCAACUGUAGCACAUGUAAACACAGAGACGUUUAUUGCAAGGCUCGGUUUUUAUACUAGAAGGAUUUGCAAACUAUUGUGACAAUGCCGUGGGAUGUAGGUGUAUUUGACAACGGGGCGGAUUAUAAAUCCGAAAAGCAGUGCCAAAGAACCUCCUUUGCUUUUUACCAAGCAGUCCGGGACCUAUUCCCUGUAUGGAUGCUCGAGGACAUGAGAACGAUGGAAGUGUUUCACUGGGAGGAUGACGGACGGGCGUGCGCCUUCUCUCCAUCAGAGGCUCUACUGUACGCGCUUGUGCACGACCAUCAACAAUACGCCAGAUACCUGAUUAACAGAUUCUCCGUCAGCGCGCUGGACAUGCCCAGCAGGAGUUUCUGUUGCUGCCAAGCAUCGACUACUCCACAUCUUUCUAUAGCUGUUCGUUAUAACCGCGUGACUAUACUGAAAAUGAUCAUGGACUCACUGAAGGACUUUUCGGAGAGCGAGCGCCAAAGCUACCUCAACAGUCGCGGGUGCGUUCACGUAGACGGGGGCAAAGCAGCCCUGCAUCUGACCUGCGACCUGGUGCGCCCGGAGUGUUUGAUCCUGUUACUAGGACACGGCGCUUGUCCUUCCGUCACGGACGGGUCCGGGGACACCCCAUUGGAUUGCCUGCUGCAUCAGAUCGACCAGGGCGAACCCGACAUGCGCAGAAAGCAAGUGUGCCUGGGCUACCUUCUCCUCUUCAUGCCAAAGAUCAGCUUCCAGAUGAAGAGGCAGGUGCAGGACAACGCAGCGGCUUGGCGGAGCCUGGUUGGGGAGCAGGCUUUCCACUGGCUCUCUGGGAUCUCCCCACCAUCCCUGUAUGUCCAGGCCAUGCAGAAACUGACCCAGUCUAUCCCCCUGGAGCAGCUGGACUCCCUGCCAGACUUCCUGAAGCCCCUGGACUUCAGGCUGCAUCAGUUCCAGUCCUAGACUGACUCAGGACUCCCCUCUGAACAAUGUAAAUAAAACACUUUUUCAUCAGUCUGACCGAUUAACACUGUAUAUUGUGCGAUUCCUGUAUGUACAGAUCUUAAAAAAACAAUGCACUUUAAAACACAAAUGAGUGAAUUCUACAGUGUGUUUGUUUGUUGAUGAUGUUGUGAUGUAAAUAAAAAGAGGAUACUUUGAA